UUUUUUUUCGCAGUAAAAAGAAAUUGUAUUUAUCAUGAUGUUGAGUACUAAUUUUCAAUCCUGUUUUAUUACCAUAUUUAUAUUCUAAAAAUUACAAAAAUAUAUGAUAAAAGUUGUUUCUUUAAUGUCGGGAUCAAGAUAUGUGACCAAGAAACUGUUUAGUGCACAGAGGUCAAAAUUGAUGUAUAGACUUCAAGUUCAAGUUCAACUUCAACGUCACUCAUGCAUUGUGAUAUACGAAGUUCAGAUGAGGACCAGUCGCCUAUAAACACGUACUCUGGUGAUGAAAUUCAAGUCAUCAUCUGAUGAACAUGUGAUCCAGCUUGGAUGUUAGUUUCGGAUAAAACUCUCUUCUCAUCUUAUUUAUGGAAAUCCAGGAUUCAAACUUGGUCAUUCUCUUCAAAUCUGAAACAGGUGAAAACAGCGAUCCUUAUAUGAAGAUUUUGAAAAGGCAUGGCUACCAGAGUCAUUGCAUACCCAUCUUAGAUUUCAACUUCAUCAACCUUGAUCUGUAUGGUCAGCUUCUGAAGAAUCUACAGAAAUAUCUGGCCAUUGUCUUCACCAGUCCCAGGGCUGUGCAAGCCACUGAGUUGGUGCUAAAUGCAAUCGGCAUACCUUUAUGUUCCAUACAGAGUGUGAAAUGUUACACCGUGGGGAAAGCUACCGCCCUAGCAGCCAAAAAUUUGGGAUUUCACACAUGUGGAGAGUCUACAGGAAGUGCCGAAUUCUUGGCACGGUACAUUGUCCAAGACAGUGAGGAUGCAGGGAAUCGAGAGGUGCUCUUUCCCUGUGGAAAUCUGUGUCGAGAUGUGUUAUGUGACACACUAGAAGCUCACAACUUUCAUAUCACUGAGGUAAAAGUGUAUGAAACAGUAGCAAAAGAAGAUGUAUCUAACGAAUUGUAUGUCAUCACACAAAGCAAGGUGCCAAUAGAUUCCAUGGUGAUGUUCAGUCCCUCUGGAGUGCCAGUCCUAACCAGCACCCUGAGGAAAUUUCCACAACUGUUAGUUGAUUCCGUUAAAAUUCUAGCUGUAGGACCCACCACAGAGAGUGAACUGCAAAAGCACAACUUGCCUGUGUACGCUACCCUGCGGCGGCCCGACCCCGAGAGUCUGAUAGACUGUCUACGGAAGUGACCACAUUCUUUGGCGUCAACAUCCGGUCGUUGUGUCUAUACCAGUUUAUCAUUGUUACGGCUGGUCGACACGUCUCUUUUCUAGAUUUGAUUUCAGAAAUGUAUUCUUGACGGUGAUUAAUGAUUUGAUAUUGCUUAUGGAUUGGGGACGCUCGAAAUAUCAUCACGUCAUCCUCCGUGUGUACAUUGUACACUCUUCUUUUUUCAACACAUUCUGUUGAUUUUUUUUUUUAUCAAAUGUCUUCAGAUUUCCAGAAGCGGUGAAGGUUUUUGUCUCGCAUUUAGGACGCUUUCGCAUUGCAUGGGAACUUGCAAUUUUAUAUUUCCUUCCAUUUUUCAGAUUAUAGUUUAGUUAUACAGGUUUUAUUUAUUUUGCAAGUCCCGUUGUAGUAGGAUUAUUAAAUGUACUAACUUAUAUAAAAUACUGCUGAAGCCAGCUAGGUUUGGCGCUCUGUUAAAUCUAUAAGGCAGUGACGUCCAAAAGAAUAUUAGUCAUUUUAUAUGGAUACGUAUAUACAUCAUGUUCAUCGUGGCCAUGUAUGAAUUUGUGAAAAUGAGUGCACAAUAACAUGCAUGUAUAUCUAAUGUUUUAUUUUGAAUCAUAUGAUUGGGAUGUUAAUUUUGUUCAAUCGUGUCCAAUGUAUGGUUUUUUAUUUAUCUUAUCAUGUCCAUUUAUAUGGUUCAUGUUUGUCUUUUCAUUGUCUUGUAAGUUUAUUGUUAUCGUUUUGACGUGUGAAUGAUAAAUAAAAACACAUAUACUUCAA